AUGGCAUUUAACGCCAAAAAUCUACAGUACAACAAACAAGAGCCGGCAUUUCUCCGGCGCCUAAAGGGCGACUAUGUCGGCCAAGACGGGCGGCAAACAUACCAGGCGCCUCGGCCGAAGAGGGACAGACUGAAGGCUGGAGAUGACGAUGACGAUCCAGUGAUUGUCGACGAGCAAGGUGAGACCGUCGCCAAAGAGGAAUUCGAAAGGAGAGUCAACGGGGACAAGCCGGGAGAAGCCUUAGCGACGACUGUUCUGGCUGAGGACGACACUCAAGGGGAGCUUGAGCACGGCAAAAAUGGAACAGAGAAUCUAGAGGCAAAGAAUCACGAGAGGCAGAAAGUCUCUGAAGUUGGCGGGUCGGCUGCCUCCAAGAAGAGGAAAGUGGGAAAAGUCGUGGGUGGCGACGAGGACUUGCAAGAGAGUGUUACUGAGGUUUCGAAAAAUGCGAGCAAAUUGUCAAGGCCAGGUGAUGAAGCAGUGGUGUCAAAGAACAAAGACAUGAAUGCUGCAAAGAAAAAGAAAGGCAAGAAGAUCAAGCUUUCAUUUGACGAACCGGAUGGUUGA